GAAUGACUGGCGAAGGGCAACGAAGAUUGGCGCCAUUUCCAGGCUGUGUUGUUCUCGUUAGGCGCAAUUUUAAAUCUGACUAGUAACUAUGGCGAUUUGAUGAAUUCUGCUUUUUAAAAAAUUAUUACCGCUUUUGUCUGCCUUAAGAAUUGCAGGAAUGGUUAAUGUUUUUAUCGUUGGAAUUUUGUGAAGAGCUAUUUAUUGCAGUGGCUCGUUGAGCCUUCCGCGGGAGCUGAGCGGCUAUGAAGCUGCAGAGGGCUGCUGACGCCAGGCCACCCCAGAAUUUGAGUAUCGGCACAAAGGGAAGAGAAGCGACAACAGUUUUGGUUUAAAGAGCAGCCAGAUAUGGUGAGCAUAGUGGGGAUGGCAACACUUGUGGAAGACUUUGAUACUCAGGACUGUAAGAAGCGAAAAAAAGAAGGUGAUCAUGCACCUGUUAAAACCAUCACAAAUUAUUUCAUGCCAAUGGCUAAAGUCGAGAAGGCAUUCUCGCCACCCAAGUCCAAUAAUAUUAUGGACUAUUUCAAAAAAACAUCUCCUGCAAACAACAAACAUGUUGUACAGGAAAAAGUUAAAGAAAACCAAGAGAAGCAUGAUGUGACAGUUAAGGAUGACAAGAUACCAGUAAAAGGGGUGAGAAGCCUACGGAGAGGAAGAAAUGUGAUUAAAAAAGAGAACUCCAGCAAACAACUUGACAGCGUUGAGGAGAACUCUGAUGAGGUCUCUGAUGUGAACAAUGAUUCCCGUGAUAACGGCUUGACUGUGGGGUCUCGCAUCUUGGGUAGUGAGACAGCUGCCUUGCUGGCUGAGAUCUGUGCAAACAGUUAUGACUUACAAGAAGACACAAACUUAAAUGAACAGCCAAAGACUGCAUUGAAAAGUAAGACAAUGAAAAAAACAAAGAAAAUGCAGAGAAAGCCACAACAGUUAGAGACCUCUUCCAAGGUUUUAAUUAAAGAGCCGUUAGAAAAUAAAGACAGUAAUGAAAGCCCCAGAGUGACAUUGCUUCCACCUCAUAAUGAGUGUGGGAAAUCAGUGUGCAAUACCAGCCUGGAUGUCAGUGUUAAUGAGACCUCCUGUCUAAAUGACAGCAUUGUUACCAUCUCCUUUGAGGAUUUUUUGGAAAGCCAAAAGGAAGUUGACAACCUCUCCUCACCAGACAGGUCUUUGAUUAAGUCAUCUGAUGAUAAAGAUGGGCAAAAAAGCUCUCCCAGUCAAGUUUCUCCAAGGACUCUUACCAUUCAGGCCCAAGUUCAUUCUCUUGCUGCAAAAUCUUCUGGUUCAAAAGCUCAGAAGAAAAUUGCAUCUAUUUUCAUGAAAAAGAGGUAUGUGGAGGCUGAUCCAGUCGAAGUUCUGCAAGUGGACCCUCCAAUAACCAAAACAGCUGAGCAAGUUUCAAAAAGAAAAUCAAAUGUAGUUGUAGAUGAGGAGGCACUAGAAUUGUCUGUUAUUGAGACUUCAACAAGCUGUCUGUCCAAACCCAAAUGCACCCCAGCUGAGAAGAAACAGUUCAUGAAUGUGUUUAAACAGCCACCACUGGAUGUAGCUAAGAAUAAACAAAAGAAGGUGCAAAGAAAUCCAAAAGUACCUAUGGAAAAGGUCCCAAAAGAGCUUGAGGUAACAGAAAAUACCACAGAAGAGACUGCUGUCAGAAAUGUUCUUGAUUCAGAAGUUUCUGGUAGCAGAGGUAAUUGGAGCAAAGGUGUGCAAUGUGUAAAAGAGACCACAUCUGCUCAAAAAGGAAAAUCAUUAAAGAGGAAGGGCAAGAGAAAUGUAGGGAAAGUAUCUUCAGUAGAUGAUGUGACUCCAGAAGUGCUGGAGAAGACACAAAAACCAGAAGGCCGCAAAAGUGAAGAAAAAGAGGUUCUGCAAGAAGCAAAUCUUGUUUGUACAGUGUCUUCGAGAAGGCUGACGAGAGGUCAAGCUAAGAGUGAUGCAAAGAACCUAACAAGUCUGAACAAACGUAACGAAGAGAAUUCAGAUGUCUGUUCAAGCCUUGCAGGAGAUUCCCCAGUACAGAUGUCAACCCCUAAAACGACGAAGAAAGGAAUUUAUAGAUCCGAGAUGGUAACUGCACCGGAUGAAGCCCAGUCUCCAAUCAGGAUGCGAUUUACUCGUGUAUUUCCACGAAGAUUGCUGAACUCUGGGGGAGAAGACACAGAAACAUUACUAAAGAAAGCUGACGCAAAGAAAAAUACACUGAAAGCCAAACAGCUGGUGGAGAAGGCAAAAGCCGUGCAACAGAGCAAGUGUAAAACAACGCAGGAUAAAGAUGUGUGUUUGAGAAGAUCUUCUAGGGCUCGUCAGCAAAGCAAGGUUACUCCUGAUGAGAACUCCCUUGUCUUGAUAGAAGAUGGUGAUUUCUCCAAGGAACAACGAAAUGGGAAAAAACUGCGAAACCUGAAUGAAGUAUUGGGUAAAAGCAAAAGCAAAUGCUCCAAGGACUGCACAGACUCCAAGGUUGCUCCAAUCUUUCUGGGAAAAAAGUCCACUAAACCCUCUGUUAUCUCCAUUUUUGAUGACAGCAGCCGGGAUGAAUCUGAAAAUUCACAGGAUGAUGAGCAGUUUAGAGCAAAGAGGGAAUUUUUAAAAAGUGGAUUGCCAGACUCCUUUAAGAAGCACAUUGCUAAGAAGGCUGCUUCUGAGUUGGCAUUUUCCCAGGCAGCUGUUUCCUUCAGAGCUGUUGUCCAUAUUUUGCAAAAGCAGGAGGGGAGCAAGUUUUGGCAGCUAACUUGGCCAGAGUCUCCUUUCUUGAGAUCUCUGAAAGACGAUCCUGAGAUGAAAGAAAUGAACCGCCAUGUCAUGACUUUGGGGGAAUUUACAUAUGCAAAAUCUUCUUGGACUCCUAAGACCCCAGUGGUUGAGGUGUCUGGCUGGAGAGUAGACCUCUCUGAGGAAAUGAGGCAGCAGCUGCUUGAAGAUAUUAGGCUUGCCAACCCAUCCUUCCCUGUGCAGAAAUUUUUCAACUGGUUUUUAAAGAGACGUACUGAACAUGUUUUACUUCCUUCAGUAUCUGAACUAGGUAAAGAGGCAAAUGCACCCAAUAACCUGCCACAGAAUGCUGGAAAGAGAAAAAGAAAAAGCAGUGUUGAAAAGGAGUCAAAACGAAGCAAGCCAAACAUGCAGGACUCUGAUGUAAUCGUGAUUGAAAGUGACACUGCAGAAUGUGUACCAGUAAGAGUGACGAGGAGGAGCCGGGGAGCUAAGGAUGAAGUUGCAGUCCAGGUGUCUGGAAAAUCUCGACUAAGUCGCAGCACCAGGCAAAAGGAACAGGCAUCAGUGCAAUGUGAGAAUGAGGAGAUUGCAGUGAAAGUAAUUCAGACUGAAACUGACAAAAUUCUGGAGGCGAAACUUGAAGAGACAGCUAAAGAGGACGUAUUGUGGACUGAAAAAUACCAGCCACAGCAAUCCAGUGAAAUAGUUGGCAAUUGUGGAGCCGUAAAGAAAUUGCACAGUUGGUUAAAGGAAUGGAAGCUGAGAACGGACCGUGAAGAAAGCAAGAAUCAGACUGAAUCCAAGCUAAAAGACAAAAAUGAUACUUGGGACAUUGGGGAUUUUAAGGAAGACGACUCGGAAGAAGAAAAUGAUGACUUUCUGUGUAACACUAUGCUAGUUACUGGUCCUUCUGGAGUUGGAAAGACAGCAGCUGUGUAUGCCUGCGCACAUGAGCUAGGUUUUAAGGUGUUUGAGGUGAAUGCUUCCUCACAGCGAAGUGGCCGACAGGUUCUGUCACAGCUUAAGGAAGCAACCCAGUCUCAUCAGGUAGACAUUCAAGGAGUGAACACACACAAACCAGCUUACUUCAGUAAUCCUAGUAGGUCAUUCAGUGGCAGCAGCACUUCCCCACGAAAAGUUAAUUCUCCAAAAAAGGUGGUUUCAUCUCCUCGAAAUUCUCCUCAGUCAAAUCGUAGAACAGGAAUAAGUAAAGGAGGAUUGGCACCCACAGCCCUGGAAAAGUUCUUCAAACUAGGUUCAAGGCCUGCUGGUAAAAACGAAAAGAUAAAGUCAGAGAGGGAAUUUAAAGAUAAAAAGCAAAACCAUCCUAAAGAAAAAGAAAGUAGCUUUGAAAAAGUUGAGGCAUUAAAGACGGGUUUAUCUGAAAUUAAAAGUUCUGUUUUCGAGGAGCCAAACAAGAAAGGUGCUACAUCUCUCAUCCUCUUCGAGGAGGUGGACAUCAUCUUUGAUGACGACUCUGGUUUUUGGGCAGCUAUUAAGACUUUCAUGGCAACAACAAAAAGGCCUGUAAUUCUAACAACAAAUGAUCCAUAUUUCAGUCUGAAAUUUGAUGGUUGCUUUGAAGAAGUAAUUUUCAAAAUGCCUGAUGUGAGCACAGUUACUACUUACCUACAACUUGUGUGUUUGGCUGAAAAUCUGAAAACCAAUGUAAAAGACUGUGCAACUCUACUUGCGUGGAAUAACUGUGAUAUACGUCAGAGUUUGCUGCACCUGCAGUUCUGGAUAAGAAGUGGUGGCAGUAAUGCUUUGGUUCAGCAGACUUGUGGUCAAGCCCCACCAAGUAAUGAAAAGUUGCAUCAUGUACCAUUUUGUGACCAAGGAAGCACAGAAAGCCUGCUAGGUUUACAUAAUAAUAAGACUUCACCAGAUCUUCUCUCUUUUCUAAAGAGUAAGAUUACAAGCGAAGAGCAGCUGAACGAUCACAUCAGAAUGCUGGCUGAAUGUCAGGAUAUGAAACUGUAUUUUACCUACAAUAAUUUAGAGUUCCUGCUCCCUUUGCCAGUAAAAAUUAUUCCUGCAUGUGGCGACAUACCACAAACAGACAACGCAAGGGAGAUGGAGGAUACAGUACAUAGUCCAAUGGAGAUUUCCAAACAAGAGGAUAAUAACCAGUCCCCAGACCCCAGCCCUUUGAAAUUGUCAUCUAGGAUGAAAAGAAAACGAAUGCUUUGUCUAAGGGAUGAUGAGGAUUUAUUUCAGUCCGAUUCUGAGGACAACUUUGUCACUUUAUCAGCAACACAUUCUACCUCCUGUAUUGAAAAGAAUGCAACAAUUGAUCUCGACCUUGUCAAGCAACAGAAAGAGAGACAUGAAAGAAAACCAAAAACUUCAUCAGAAAAACAGAGCUGCGUGCUAGUGUCCAAAACUCUUGAUUCACUUGCUGAUUUCCUCGAGAAUGUAUCUUUUCUGGACUCCUCCUUGUAUACAGAAAAAAAUGAAAAAGAAGGACCUUACAAUAAUGGGGUUUGCUGUUGGUCAGCUGCUGAAAUAAAAAAUGGUCUUUCAGAUGAGGCCAGAAUAGAAAACAACGUGUGGUGGCAUAGCUACAGUGCCACUAAAAUGAAGGCUACUGUGGAGGCUCUGAGUUUUCAGAGAUGCCAUAUGCAGAUUGAUAAAGCACUAAAUGGCACACUAAUUCAGUGUAUAGAACUAGGGAGUGAUUCAACUGAAGAAAUCACUCUCCCACUUGCUGAUCACCGAUUGGGAGUGAGCCUUGUUCAGCAAGCGAUGUGUAAGCCCAGCCUUCUGCGGAAGAGAUCAGAGGUUAUGGAAGCCAUCACCUCCAGCAGGCUCUUUGCAAAUUCAGGAAGUAGACAGGUGAUUGCCGUGGACUGUCUUCCAGUACUUCGUUUGAUCUGUAAAGCUGAAAAGCUUAGAGAGCAGUGCAAACUCAAACGAAGAUUCAUGCACUACUUGGAAGGAAUUCACUUUAAUUUUCCAAGACCCAUUCUCGAUGCUAUGGCAGCUGGUUUUCCUUGAUCUGUUCAAAGACGAUGUUAGAUGCUAAAUCCUUAGGCCUGUCAAACUCAAUGACGCAACAUUUAUAAGGAAAAAAUAACUAUUUAUGAAUUUUAAUUUUGAAUUUCAGUACUUAAAUGCUGGUAUAAAUGACGUUGUAUAUAGUGCAGUCUUUAAACGUGAUUAGACGUUUUCUAAUUAUUAAUCAUGUUUUUACUUUUGGAAAUCAUUUGUACAUAAGCAUCCUUUUGCUGUAUAACAGCCAAUAUUUUCUAUAAAGAGUGUACACAUUAAAUAAAUCCAUUACAUUUGUUUUGUA